AUGCAGCGCCUGGCGGCCGUUGGCACCGAGCGCCAGGCGCUGCGUGCACUUCAGCAGGGCUGCGGCGCGGCGGUGCGCCAAGCCUUGCAGAAGAGCCAGGAACGUCAGCGUCGUCGUCAUGCUUUGGAAUACUCUGCAGUUGAGGUUGAAGUGGCCAGCAAGCCAAGGCCAAAAAGCGAGGCAAAUCAGACCUCUUCAAAGGCACCAAUGCCCAGCGAGUACUUCUGUCCGAUCUCGCAAGAGGUCAUGGUUGACCCCGUGACGACCAGCGAUGGGCACACCUAUGACCGGAAGCCGAUCGAGGAAUGGCUUCGUAACAAUGACACGUCGCCGAACACAGGCUUGGUUUUGCCGAACAAGACGUUGAUUCCCAAUCAUAACCUCCGCAAGCUCAUCCAGGAGGCCUCGACUGCGAAAGAAGACUCGAUCGAGAUGGAGCUGGACAACAUGAUCUGCGCCAUGGAGGUGGAAGGUCCAUUGCCACAAGGAGAAGGGCAAGAGGAGGAGGAUCAGCUUGACGACGCUGAAGGUGCGGAGUAA